GGAUCCGAUCGUGGCAUUAAAAUUAUACCGAAGAAGGAUAACAGAUACAUCGAUAUUAAACAUCGCCGUCGCUAUUCUUGCAGAAACCAUGGCGGCUCUCAAAGAGCUUCUACCUCCAGCGAAAUCCUCCUCAACCACUUACUACGAUCACACCAACGACCCAUGGUUCAAGCAGCGAUUCUCCUCUUCCGACGAGGAAAAAACCGCUUCCAUCAAACUCAAGCCCGUUCCCCCCUACCUCAAGCGUGCCGGUUUCGUCCCUCGUAAGAUCGAGGAUUUCGGCGAUGGUGGAGCCUUCCCGGAGAUCCACGUCGCUCAGUAUCCUCUCGACAUGGGAAGAGACAAGGCCUCCAAACCUGUCUCCAAGAUCCUCCCCGUCACCGUUGACGCUCACGGCAACGUCGCUUACGACGCCAUCGUGAGGCAGAACGAGAACGCCAAGAAAAUCGUCUACACGCAGCAGAAGGAUCUCAUACCUAAGAUUCUCAAAAACGACGACGAAGACCUUGCUGACGUGUCCGAUGACGAAGAGAUGCAGAAGGAGGUUGAAGAAACGAUGCAGGAUACGAAAGCGGCUUUGGAGAAGAUCGUUAACGUCAGACUGAGCGCGGCGCAGCCGAAAAACGUUCCCACUCAGAACUCUGAUACGAAGUAUAUUAAGUACAAGCCUUCGCAGCAAUCGGCGGCGUUCAAUUCCGGUGCGAAAGAGAGGGUUAUUAGGAUGGUUGAGAUGCCAGUGGAUCCACUUGAGCCUCCGAAAUUCAAGCACAAGCGUGUUCCUAAGGCUUCUGGAUCCCCUCCGGUGCCGGUAAUGCAUUCUCCGCCGAGGCCGGUUACCGUGAAGGAUCAGCAGGAUUGGAAAAUUCCUCCUUGCAUUUCGAAUUGGAAGAAUCCGAAGGGUUACACCAUUCCGCUUGAUAAGCGUCUCGCCGCCGAUGGGAGAGGCCUUCAGGAGGUUCAGAUCAAUGAUAAUUUUGCCAAGCUUUCAGAGGCGCUGUAUGUUGCCGAGCAGAAGGCUAGAGAGGCUGUGGCUAUGAGGUCUAAGGUUCAGAAGGAGAUGCUUCUGAAGGAGAAGGAGAGGAAGGAGCAGGAACUGAGGGCAUUGGCUCAGAAAGCACGGUCAGAGAGAAUUGGCGUCGCCCCUCCGGCUGCUGUUCCUGUUUCUGAAAGGGGCAGCAUGGAUGAUACUGAUAUAAGGGUUGAUUAUGAGUAUCCGCGGGAAAAGGAGAAGAAUUUUCCGAAGGAGACGAGAGAAGAGAGGGAGGAGAGGCUGCAGCGAGAGAAAAUUCGCGAAGAGAGGCGUAGGGAGAGGGAGAGGGAGAGGAGAUUGGAGGCUAAGGAUGCUGCAAUGGGAAAGAAGAGCAAGAUUACAAGAGAUAGGGAUCGCGAUAUUAGUGAGAAAGUUGCACUUGGUUUGGCUUCUACUAAGCAAGGGACAGAGGUCAUGUAUGAUGAGAGGCUAUUCAACCAGGAGAAAGGAAUUUCUUCUGGGUUUGCCACUGAUGAUCAGUACAAUGUGUAUGAUCGAGGGUUGUUUACUGCACAGCCAACGCUUUCAACCCUUUAUAGGCCGAAGAAGGAUGUUGAUAAUGAGGCUUAUGGUGGUGCUGAUGAGCAGUUGGAGAAGAUUAUGAAGACUGAUCGAUUUAAGCCUGACAAAGGAUUUGCAGGGACUUCUGAAAGGACAGGUCCAAGGGAUAGGCCUGUUGAGUUCGAGAAUGAAGAAGCUGAUCCAUUUGGUCUGGAUCAGUUCUUGACAGAGGUAAAGAAGGGUAAGAAGGCCAUGGAGAAAGUAGGUGGUGGAGGAACUAUGAGAGCAAGUGGUGGAUCUUCAACGCGUGAUGGUUAUGAGGGAGGUUCUGGUAGGACUCGCAUUGGAUUUGAAAGAGGACAUUAAUUAGCACAUUGUUAAAUGAUGCCUAUUUCUUAUGCUUAGUGUUGAUUAUCUAUAUCCGCAUUUUCCUCCAAUCCUCCAGAGCUCAUCUUUUAGGUGGUGACAUAAACUGCUUUUUUAUUCUGUUUUUAAACUGCGUUUGGAUGUUAUGAAUAUCUCUCUUUCCAGUGAAUUAUGUAUUGAAUGAAAUGUAAUAUCAGUAGAUAUUGGAGGCAUUCUGCUCUCAUUUUGGAGAAGCUUUGGUCUGAAUGAGGAGUGCUAGCAACAUGAUCUUUUAACACACUCUUUACUGAUGAUUAGAGUUCAUUGAAUAAUGAACAUGUUGUGAUUUGACUAAUUGACAUAGUUGUUUGAAAUUUGUGUAAUCCCCUUCUCCUAUAGAUCUAGAUUUAUAUAUGUUAAGAUCUGAUUUGUGUACAUUUACUGUCCUAACAAGAAUUUUUGGUCUAUGAUUGACAAGGGUUGCUGGAAAUGCAUAUUCACCUACCUAAUUAAAAUGCAGCACAAAGCGAAUAUAUGUAGGCUACAACUUAGAUUGAAUUAAUGAUUCAAAGACCAAUAAGGCGUUAACAGCUUAAAAGGUUGUAUCACUAGAUCGUUAUCAGGUUAUAUCAGAUGGCACAAUAAAUAAUGUUGACGUUCUUUUGUACACUCUUUCACACAUUUUUAUUAUUAAGCCAAAUUCAUUUCAAGGUCUUCACCGUUGUCUAAUUUUUAUCCCUUAACUUCUACUUUAAUUCCAGUUACUUUUUUACCUGUUUAAUUAGACUCAUUAAACUUAUCUAAUAAUAGGUGUGAUAUUCUAAUAUUGUUAUUUGACAGAGUGCUGUUGCACUCUGUCAUGAGAAAAGAUCCUCACGUUACCCAAACACCCCUAGGCAAACCCAAACCCAAGUAUAAAUUCACAUUUUAUUUUAAAACAUUUUUAUGUAAAAUAUUUUUAUUAUUAAUAUAGUUAUGAAAAAAUAAUAUUAUAAAUAUAAAUCACUUUGAAAAUAAACAUUUAAGAGGAGCAACAGAUACUCUGUUUUUCUCUUCGAUUUCUUGACAUUUUCCUUUUUACAUUUAACUUUAUUUUUUAUGUAUUGACACAAUGUAGAUAUUUUGUAAUAACUUUUAAAAAGACAUUGCUUUGGUCCACGGAUUUUAAUUUAUUUCAAAAUGAUAUUUUGUCAAGAAUUUUCCAAUUAUUGGUUUUUUCUUUUCGACAAAAAAAGAAAGCGCAUGACAUUGCUUUAAAGUCAAUACAUGGGACAGCCUCCACAAUUAAUUAUUGCGUUUUUUCUAUCCUUUGUACCUAUUAUGAUAAGCUCAUGACUCAGAUAAGCAAGAAGUCAUUAUUUCAUAAAAAUAAUAAUCAUUUACGC